AUGAGCGUAGCAGCGGCGCCGGAGAAGACUGAGGAAGAGCUUCGUAAAGAGAUCGAUGAGCUCCACCGCCAGCAGCGCCAGAUAACGGAGCGGUUACGUGAUCCUAGGGGGCUCCGACGUGGAGGUCUGCCCGGUGGCGGUCCGAGGAACUUCGCCUCUAACGGCGGUCCUCAAAGAGUGUUUGUUCGGCCGGCUGAUAGGAAUGACUCAGGGGAUCAGCCUCCUGCAAAGAAACGGCUUCUCUCUGCUGUUGUUAAGGCUGAGGAUGGAGAGAUAGUCGAGGACGGAGCUAAGAAGGGGGUUAAGGAGGAAGGGUCUAAUGUUGCAGCCAUCAACAAUCAUCAAGAUGAAGUAAAGCCGCCAAAUUCAUGUCCAGGUGGUUUGCCUUGGAACCAACGACCACCGAGAAGAGAUUCAGACAUUCCACCUGAUGUGCAUGUGCCAAGGGUGUUGCCGAAGAAUGAGGACCCUAGUUUGGUUAGCAGAAACAAGAGGAUGUUGGGGCAGCUUCUAGGUACCUUGGAGAAAUUCAGAAAAGAGGAUAUGAAGCUCUCAGGGACUGAGGCAUACACAAAGAGGUCAAAUGCUUUGCAAAAGGCUGAGCAAAGAGCCCGUGAAGAAAGUGAAAGGCUGAGACAGGAAGAGCGUGAAAAGAUAGCAGAAAAGAGGAGGAGAGAUCUGGUUCUUAGGGCAAGAGUUGCUGCAAAGGCAGAAGAAAAGAAGUUGGAAUUGUUGUUUCUCCGUUGGACCGAGCAUCAUAAAAAGCUUUCCCGUUUUACAAGGACCAAGGCAGAACCUCCUAUUUGUUAUAUGCCAAAGAAACCACUGGAUGAAGAUGCAACUUUGCAACAGCAGCAUCAAGAACAGUUAUUAUCGGAAUGGAAAGCCGCAAGAAGAGAGGAGCUAUCCGAGUACCAGAAGCAGAUAGAGACGCAGUACCUUGACAACGUCGAGAAAGAGCUAGAGAGGUGGCAAAAUGCAAGGAAAGCUAGGAGAGGUACCAACAACGACGCGAACUUGCAAGAAACAAUGGACCAAGAGCUGGAGACCCAUAGGCUCGAGCACGGUCCAAAGACCACAAGAAAGAUCCCAGGUGACAAUGAAGACGGAGAAGAUGAUGACGUGGAAGAUAUCAUUGUUGGGGAGGAUGACAAUGACAUGAUGGACGACGUGCUAGCAGCUGUGGAGGAUAAUAACGACACAAAAGUUGAUGAUGCCUCGAAGAUGGACGAAGGCGGUCAAGACAGCUCGUCCCUGCCUGAGAACCCCGAUCAGUGA